AUGGAUUUCAACGAUCCGACUACGAUCGGUAUUCUGGUGGCAGCACUUGUCGGACUGCUCACUAUUUUGCUUUUAGUGUUCAAGAGUCUGCGCUCAUCAAACAAGAAUAGAGUACUAUUCGUGGGAUUAAUGGAUUCAGGAAAAACUACAAUUUUCACUCAAUUGUCUCAAAAAGAGGCUGAAUAUCCAACUACCACAAAGACGUUUUCUUCGAUGGUCGAGAACAAAAUUACGUUGAGAAUCAAGGAUAAGGAGAGAGAAAUCAUCGACUAUCCCGGAAAUGACAGAUUACGUCAGAAACUCAUCGACCUGAUUCACAGUGGCUCGAUUCUUCGAAUUGUGUUCGUCGUUGAUUCUGCCGCUUUCUCGAAGAACUCUCGGGAUGUUGCAGAACUUUUCUAUCUUGUUGCGUUAGAAAAUGUUGACAAGGUGCCAAUUCUCAUUGCUUGUCACAAACAAGACCUUACACUUGCCAAGACCGAGAAAGUAAUUCGUAACAGUUUGGAGAAGGAAAUCGGUCUCAUUAACAAGUCACGUGCCGCCGCUUUGAUGGGUACCGAUGGAUCCGAUGAGAAGAGAGCCACAUUGACAGAUACUGGUGUUGAUUUCAGCUGGGAGGAUCUCAAAAAGCAAGAAGUAUCGUUCGUGACGACAUCAUCGUACAAUGAAGAUUUCGGAGUCCAUGAGAUCGCCUCAUUCGUCAGAGCAUAA